CCUCUUCCUCUUCUCUCUCUCUUCUCUCUUCUCUCUCUGCAAAAACCCUAAAUUUCCUCCGAUUUCAUCAUCUUCAACCUCGUUCGCGACCAAACCUGGCUUCUUAAUCACUCCCCAAGCAAACCCUUGUACGAUUUUAGAUGAUUGGGAGAGAUAGAGUCGAAGAAAUGGGGGAAAAGCCCUAAAAAAAAAUCGAAGCUUUGAUCUCUCCGAAAUUGGAGUUUAUUUUGUGUUUGGUGUUUUUGUUUUUUUUUUGGAAAUUGGCAGAAAUGUAUAAGAACCAGCUACAGGAGCUGGCGCAGAGGAGCUGCUUUUGUCUUCCUUCGUAUACUUGUAUUAGGGAAGGUCCAGACCACGCGCCGCGAUUCAAGGCUACGGUUAACUUUAAUGGCGAGAUCUUUGAGAGUCCUCAGUACUGUUCUACUCUUCGUCAAGCUGAGCACUCUGCUGCUGAAGUUGCUCUCAAUGCCCUCUCUAAUCGUGGUCCUUCUCACUCUCUUGCCGCCAGGAUCUUGGAUGAGACAGGUGUGUACAAGAAUCUGUUGCAAGAAAUAGCUCAGAGAGUGGGAGCUCCUCUACCGCGAUAUACAACCUUCAGGUCUGGUCUUGGCCACCAACCCGUGUUUACUGGUACUGUAGAAUUGGCUGGAAUUACAUUCACUGGAGAUCCAGCUAAGAACAAAAAACAAGCAGAGAAGAAUGCUGCUAUGGCUGCUUGGUCUUCCCUAAAACAAUUGGCAAAAGAAACAUCAAGUUCAAUGCCUGAGCCUGAGAACAUUGACGAACUAGAACAGGUGAUCAUAGCAAGAGCCUUGAUAAACUAUCGAAUCAAGGAAAAUAUUGGCACGGGAAGCUCCUCAACUGCCCCGGUUCCAUUUGCCAAGAAGUUCUAUUUGCACAAUCCUAGACCAACAAGUCCACAGCCUUCUCCUGCAACCACAUCAAGAAUCUUACCAUUUAUUUGCCCAAAACAACCUUCUAGAAGCAGCCGAUCCUUAGCAACACCUGCCGGUGUUGACAGAAUUAUGGCAGCAGCCUUGGAAAGCCGCAGCUACCAGCGGCCUCAGCAGAGAUAUGCAAACCCAGGAACAGCAGCUCCACCUCCUUAUGUUCCUAUGAGGCAUUUAAGAUCACCAUGCCAUGGGAUGGCUCCACCUGUCACAAUCAGAACUGCUGUACCAGUCUUCUCUGCACCUCCAAUGCCUCCUCCACCUUGUACAAACAACACUCAGCUACCUUCUUCUGCGUAUGUCCCAUCGCUGAUGCGGACUGCACCACCCGUGAGAAUUGCACCACCUGUCACAAUCAGAACCUCAGUGCCCGUUUUUGCUUCUGCGCCACCGGUUAGAGUUAGAAAAGUGGAUAUCCAAACCGCUGUAAAGCCCGCAGUUGAGGUAGGAGAAACCCGGAUAUCUUUGGUCCAAGAAAAGGAGAGCGUUCCAGUCUUGCCUGAUACUCUUGAAAUUGGAGAAGAAGCAAUUUAUAUACCAAUUUCAGGGAGUGAGAAAACACCGGCAAAGGAAACAGAGAGAGCAGAUCUGAAGGAUUUGAAAGGAGAACCAGAGAUAGCAAGAGAGCGACUGGAGAAUCUAAGAAUCUGAGUCUUGAAGACUGUCUCUGGGUUUAGUUUUUUUUUGAGGUUGGUUUCUGAAAAUUGUUACAUUAGUAAUCGUUCGAUAUUAUACUCGGUGGAUCGAGUAGUUUGAUAAUCCGAAAGAUUUGUAUUAUAUUGGGAGUUUUAGGAGGAACCUGGCCGUCAUCUCUGGAUUGUAGAAUUGUAUCAGUUUCACUUCCUAUUCAGUUCGUUUGUGUCAUUUUCUUAUAAAUCUGUUACCUAUC